AUGCCAACUUUUGCCAAUCAUAAUAACCAUUCUACUUCUGCUGCUAUGUCAGAAUCUGAUAAUGAUGAAGACAAUGAACAGAAUUCAUCGUAUAAUCAGCAUAAUGAGAGCAUGAUGCAUAAAGUGAAAGAUGUCGUUUCGAAACUUCUUCAUCCAUCAUUCUUAUUUUCGGCCAGUGCUGAUACAAGUCGUUCUAAACGAAAGCGAGCAACAUCAAUUGAAGAAAAUGGUAAUGAACAACAAUCAGAAAGUACAACAACAGCAACGACGAUUAUGAAUGGCCAUGCUACAACUUCAAAAUCAAAGCACCAUCAUCAACCGAUAACAAACGAUGAACCACAAUUGACUGAUGAUGAAGAUAAUAACAGUCGAAAUGUAUCACCUCCCGAACAAGAACUAACAGAAAUCGAACAACAGAAGAAGCGACGUCGCACGGCUAAUUAUCAACAUAUUAUUUCGACGACCACGGCGACGACGACAAAUGGUAAUCAUAAAGAUGAAAGAACAUCUUUACCUUUAACUUCAACGAACAGUGUUGGAUCGUCAUCUAAUCGUCAAAUAAUAGAUAAUGGAUUAAGUACAGCCCAUACGACACCUGUUCUUCUUCAAACUUUUACUGAACAAAAACAUAAUGAAGGAAUACAUCGAUUGACAUCAUCUAAACAACGUUUUGACAUUCCCUCUACUAAACGAGCACUAACACCGAACUAUGAUCCAGCUCAAUCACUUCUUUUCUCGGUUGGUGUUCGAAAAAUAAAUGAAACCACUAUGUCGCCCAAUCGUACAUCAACAAAUCUCAAAUCAAAUACAAAUGAGUUUACUGCUAAUUAUUUAUUAGCCACUGGUUUAGUUAAUCGAUCUCAAGCGUCUACACAAAAUAUUCAACAAUCUUCAUCUAAUCCACCAAAUCGCUUAUUACCCAAUGAACGACAAAUGUUCGGUGUUAAUUAUGCAUCAAUUAAUUCACGACGUUUACCUUAUAUUGAAAGGCUUCGACGACGUACGUUACAAGAUUGUAUACGUCUUAAUCGAACACUUGAUAGUGAACCAUUAUCGAUAUCAACAAUCGAAGAACAUACAUCAACAGUUACAUCUCCUAUGCGAAAACCUAUGAAAGCACUUGAAAAAGAAUGUGGUAUUCAAUGUAAUAUUUCAACUGUAAAUGAUUCAAUGGAACCAAGUAAAAAAGUUCAACGUACAUUUCCGCCAGCAGAUAUACGACUCGAAGCAUUAUCAGUGCCGAUGAAUGACAAAACACAGUCAAUGUGUCAAACAGAUUCAGUUAUUCAAACAAAUAGUUCAAUUACUAUUGAACCAAUACAACCGAUACAUGAUAUAAUAAAACCAAAAGUACUCGGUAAUAUCACAGCAUUUUCAUGGCCAAGAUUUGCUCGAGCACAAGAUGACUAUGCAAUGAAAAAUCCAGAAAAAUGUCGUGCUAACGCUGUAUCUACUCAACCAUCAAAACCAACUGUUUCGUCUGCUAUUGAAAAAUCAAGUGUGAAUAUGACUUCUUCAAUAACUACACAAAUAAAUAUUAGUAGUACAAUGCCAAAAAUACCGAUAUUCAGUGUAUCACCUCCACGUCCUACUAAACCAAUUACGGGACCAGUAUGGAGAUGUCCUUCAUGUUCAAUGGAACAUCCAACUCAAACAUCAUCAUGUUCAUUGUGUCAUGGAAUUAAUCCAAAUUAUAAACGAUUAAGUGCGAUUGAAUCCACAUCAACACUAUCAUCAUCAUCGUCAAGUAAAGUACCAGAUAUCAUUAUUGAAGAACCGACUGUAUCCAAAUCAGUUACAACGACUCAAAUGACUGUUCAAAAUGAAUUUGCAUCAAUGGCAAAAUCGUCAUUAUCAGCAUCAGUACCAACACUAACAAGAGAAAGUACAUUUUCAAUUCCAUCAUCAUCAACAUUAUCAUCAUCAUCAUCAACAACAACAACAACAACAACAACAACAACUAGUGCUUUAUUUUCUCCGACUGGUACUCUGCCAUUAUUUGGAGCAACCAACAAAGAAACUGCUGUUACCAAUCUCCCAGCAUCUACCAGUGUUUCAUUCCCGUCAACAACGACACUAUCAUUUGGUACAUCAACAGUUAACUCUGAUAAAUCGACAACAACUACUUCGAAUAAUCUUUUUCAAAUCGGUACAAAUCCUACUUCAACAUUUCCAACAUUUGGUACAUUGACAUCAACAAACACUACUGCUAGUACUUCAAUCACACCUUCAAUCAUUGCCACCACAUCGUCAUUAUCAUUACCUGCAACCACAGUUUCAUCAUCAGUAACAUUUGGAGGAUUCAGUACUGCACCAAGAGCAACAACAACAUCAUCGUCAGGAUCAAUCACAUUUGGAGGAUUCGGUGCUACUGCAAUAACAACAACAUCGUCAGCACCUAUCACAUUUACAGGAUUCGGUACAGCUUCAACAAUAGCGACAACUUCAGCUUCUUCAACAGUUCCAUCCGAUAAGACACCAUUGUUUUCAUUUGGAGCAAAUACUGCACCAUCCUCAUUAUCAACAAUUCCAGCAACUACAGCUUCAUCAAUAACGCCAGGCAUGUUUGCUUUCUCAGCCAGUACAACAACACCAGCGACAACAACGACUACUGUAUCUCUCACAGUACCGACUCCUGCAGUAACAACAACAAGUGGACUUGCAUUCCCAAGCAGUUUUUCGUCAACAUCAACACCUUUCAGUUUAACAACAACAUCAGCUGCGCCUUUAUUUGGCGGUGGUUUAUCAUCUACACCAGGUUUCAGUUUUCCAUCUAUGGGAACAACAACAACAACAUCAAGUAGUACGCCAUUUGCAUUCGGUGCUAGUAGUCCACCUAAAACAUUUGCACCUUCGGUUAUUUCAACAGGUACGACAAACCCUACGCCAUCGUUUGGUGCAACUGCUGCAUUUGGUGGUCCUGCAACAACAGUUGAUAAAACAUCAACUUCAUUUCCAACUUUUGGCUCAACAUCAACUACACCUUCAUUGUUUGCAUUUGGAGCUACAUCAUCAUCAAAUCCAACAACUAAUCCUAUUCAAGCACCAGCUGUUACAGCCACAAGUGGUUUCUCAUUUGCACCAACAACAACAGCAUCAUCAUCAUUUGGCUCUAGUGGACAAACAUUUGGAUUCGGUGCAGCACCUUCAUUUAGCUUUGGUGCAGGAGCAACAUCUACUACAAGCAAUGCCCCAUUUCAAUUCAGUGCAGUUCCACCAAUAACCGCUAAUAAUUCAUUUUCAGUUGGUUUUCCUCCAGCUGCUCCGGCACCUGAAACUAACCCUUUCAGUGUCAAUGAAGAAACUACUAAACGUCAUGUUAUCAAAGCUAAACGUCGAGCGAAAUAA